AUGUUUAUACUUUAUUGUCUCCUUGUUAUAAAUGUCAUUGGAUUAUCAAUUUCUCAAAGUUCAUCGAUUUGGCCUUCAAAGUCUUUAACAAUGCAACCGAGUGUGGCAAUCGCUGGAACUAUGCUACCUUUAGUAUCUCCCGCUCGUUUGGUUGCAACGAUUCCACCAACAGAAAAACUAGCAUGCGAUUUAAAUCCUUGUUUUAAUGGAGCAACGUGUACAAACCUUAUUCCUCGAGAUAAAAAUUACAAAUGCAACUGCGCAAAUGGUUGGACAGGUGUUAACUGUGAACUUACAACUAGUGGAUUUAAAGCAAAAACUGGAUUUCAAUAUAUCGAAGUAAAGAAAUUAACUAUUUCAUCAACGUCAUCAGUAAAUAUAAUAUAUCUUUUACUUGAUAACUCAACUGACUUGUUUAAAGAAACGUGCGACGUAUUUAAAACCAACCUAAACAACACUAUUUCUGCAUCUGAUCCGAGUAUUUUACUAUUAAAUCUGAGAUGCUUAAGUUUUACAUUUUCAAGUUAUUACUACGUUAACUAUAUCAUAGACUUCCCAAAUAACAACAACAUUUCAACUCAACGUUUAUCAAAAGCUAUUGACAGUGGAAUUCAACUUCAUCAGAAUAAAAAUCUUUCGGCUGGUUUAGUGUAUAAUAGUACUAUUAUUGAAGAUUUAGACGAAUGUCAAAACUCUCCUGGCUACUGUCAUCCAUCUGCAAUAUGCUCAAACAAUAUAGGUGGAUACACUUGCCUAUGUCCUUCAGGAUUUGAAAUGCAAUUUAAUAAACAAUGUCAAAUAAGGAAUAAAAACCUUAAAAACAAUUUAACUAUAUUUUUACCAACGAUUUUAGGAGCGUCUCUUUUGAUAACUGUUCUAUGUUGUGUUUUCAGAGCAGUCCGUCAAAAAAAUCAAAGUUAUGACUUGGCAAAUGCAUAA